AUGCCGCGGUAUUCUGUCUUCCCGUCGCAUUCCGUCCGUUUGACGACGGCGUGUGUAGGAACCCUCAUUAUAGCGCUCGUGCACGUGUCGCUGCGCGCCAGCGCGUCGAUACAGGACCUCGUGACGGCGGCCGGCACGGGGUCGCAAGGGUUCGGAUUCACGGGGAAAGCGACGGCCACGUACUACGGCGGCGGAUUAGACGGCGGCAAUUGCGGCUUCGGCAACAUUCUGGCGGCGGGGUAUGGCCCCUUGACCGCGGCCGGCAGUGUGAUGCUCUACAAGGACGGCCACGGCUGCGGCAGCUGCUACAGGGUUCGGUGUGUGGACAGCCCCUACUGCAAGAAGGGCGUGAGCAUCACAGUGACCAUCACGGACCAGUGCCCUGCGGGAGGGGGGUGGUGCUGCCCCUCGUGUGUGCACUUCGACCUCAACAUGGCCGCAUUCAACCUCAUCGCGGAGCAAGUGGCAGGGCACGUGCCACUCGUGUACACCAGAGUUCCCUGCACCUUCAACCGCAACAUCCGCCUCACACCCACUGGCUCCGACUUCUGGAUCAAUCUGCUCGUGCGCAACGUGGCGGGCCCUGGAGACCUGGCAUCUGUCCACGUGGCAGAAGCAGGAUCCGCCACGUGGAAGCCCAUGGAGCAUGACUGGGGCGCCGUGUGGGUGCACCGAACGUACCUCAAGUCGCCUCUUAGGUUCCGACUUACCUCUUUAAUGGACGGGCAGGUCGUGGAAACGCCUGGCCCAUGCCUCCCUGCGGGGUGGGUAGCAGGAAAGGACUAUGACUGUCAGGUGCAGUUCUCUGGAGGAGGUGGGGGAGGGGGAGGAGCAGGGGGAGCAGGGGGAGCAGGGGGAGCAGGGGGAGCAGGGGGAACUGGGGGCGGCUGGGGAGGUGGCGGAGGUGGGGGAAAUGGGGGCGGGGGCAACAGCACAGGGGGGGAUAAUGGGUGGAGUGGCGGGGGGGAGAGUGAGGGGAAUUCAGGAAUUCUCCCACCUAAGAACAAGAAGAUUCCUCCUCCCAAGGGUGCUGCUCCUCCAAAGAAGCCGUUGCGCAUACGAUCGCCGCCGAACCGCUCCUCCUCGGAUCGGAAACAAUCCUCAUGGCUCUCUAGCCGUUUCACCGGCUCUGCGGGCUCGGCCGGGAGGCCAGCAGCAGAAGGAGGAUUAGCGAGCGAAUCUGUUGCUGCUGGUAACCCGAAGUCUCCCCUUUCGCGCGGAGGUCGAUCGCCCGCGGGCUCUAAGCUCCCCACGAGUAAGCCCAGUCUUAGCGACGAUGACGGCCCUUCGUUUGAGUCACCUUCGGCAAGGUCACCCUCAUCCCCGUCACCGCGCUCCCCGUCCCUCGGCAAUCCGCGCGCGUCAGCGUCGAGAGCGGCGAAAACGUUGCCGCAUAUUCCGCCGCCUUCGCACGGAUGGACCAAUUACCGAGGCGGAUUCAGCGUCAUAGGAAAUACCGGCGGUUUUGCCGCCACCACCAGCAGUAGCACCAGCAAGGGUGUGAGCGCGAGAAGCCGCAAGGGCGGCGGAUAUGGCGGAGAUUCCGCCUCUGGGGGGAUUUCACCGGGGCCUAGUAGCCCCUGGAGGCGCGCGGGUGCGAGCGGCGGCAAUAGCGGCGGCAGCGUCGGCUCUCGUUUACAGAACAUCCUUCUCGUUAUAAUCCUCUUCCUGUGCUCCAACUUCGCGGGUCACUACUACCCGUUCCUGUGGUCCCCCGCCGCGCGCGCUUCCGCCGUCCAAUCCCUGCUCUCCACGCGGCAGCACCUGCCGGAUAUCCGGACGGGCCGGGGGGGGCGCGGCGGCGUGGGAGACGAGAGGAACAGCGACGGAAGCAUGAUUCUGAGCGAGGAAGGCAGGAGGAGCAUCAUGGCGCUAGCAGCGACGGACGGGCUGCGGGGGACGGCGGAAGGGGAGAUCGGCGCGCAGCGGCUGGGCGGAGGGUUGGGCGGAACGAACGGCGCGGGGGGAGGGGUUCCGCGGCGGCCGUGGCAGUCGCGCUUCGUGCAGGACGUGCGGAUCGACGUGGGCCGCGAGCCGCUGUGUGCUGACAUCGUGCCGGAUGAGUUCAGAGAAUCCACAGAGCGAAUGCCGCCAGUCACCUCUCUGCUCGACCUGCUCCGCCCCAACGAGCGAUUCCUCGCGUUCCUCCCGCGGCACGGCCUUGGGAACUCCCUGCGCGGGUUCGUCUCCGCGUUCGUCUACGCCAGCCUGGCGGGGCGGCGGCUGGUGCGCGUGCACGCAGGGGAGCACGCGCGCGUGUACGACCUGCUCUGCCAGGCGCAUGGGUGUAGCUUCGAUGCUGUGGGGCAGCCCGGAGGGGUGGAUCGCGGUGGGGAGGAGGAUGGGAGCGGUGGAGAUGGUGGGGGUGGGGAGGGCGAGGAGGGGGAAGUGGGAGGUGGAGGGGAGAGGAGGAGCGUGGGAGGAGGAUUAGGGGAUGGAGGGGACGGGAGAGGUGUAGGGGCAAGAGAGGGAGCAGGAGUUGGGGAGGCGAAGGGAGCGCGGAGAGGGUUGAUGGGGGAUGUGGGGGCGGAAGGGGCGGAGGGGAUAGUGAGGAGUGCGAGUGAGGGGCGCAGUGGGACGGGCGUUGAACUUUUGAGGAAAUUUGCCAUGCUGCGACCCAUCUACUUUCUGGAGAGAUACCAGAACAUUCAAACCAUAGCAGCGUCGCUGCAGUCAGACUACCCCGUUCUUGCCACACGCAGCGGCACAUUAUUCGACCUUUUCUGGCACCGCAGCGACCGCCUGCGCUCCUGCGUCUUUGCUGCCUUCCAUUGCUCGUGA